AUGCUGAUGGACUGCAAAUUGACAGUCCUCGGCUUUGCAGUCAUGGCGGCUGCACUGCCGCAUAGCCACCUGAUUUAUAAUAUAGUACAUGAUCUUCUCUCUUGGACGUACAACGGCUGCAGCUCAUUCUUCUCCGGCACCACAAUGGGCAUCAAUCAUCUAUGGGAGGUGCUUGACCCUGCUGCGACGACGGACCUGCCCCUCACCUGCCCUAUGUUGUGGGCAUUGAUGCAAGAUGCUAAAAAUUAUGAGUGCAGCGGAUGGUUCGAACAGUGCCAACAAGGAAAAUGGCAACACGUGCAUUCUCAAACUGGAAUGAACCCUGCGCUCCGCACCUUUUUAUUUCGCCUGGCUUGGCUUGCAUGCUUCUUGGUGCAACUCAUCUUCUGUUAUGAUGGCGACCAGCGGCCAGAGGUCAAAAGAGUGUGCCGCAUGUCUACAAGAGACCAUUGGAUGGUCAAGCCCACACAACGCAUCCUGAACGCCUUCAACACACAAUGGAUCACUGCUGCGGGUGAAGCUGAAGCACAGCUAGCAUUGAUGAACAAUGCUGGAAUUAUCAAUGCUGUCAUGACAGAUGACAGUGACAUCUUCGUCUUUGGAGCUAAGACAGUCAUUCGGAAUUCGACAUUCUCAUCCGACGCAACCAUCAAGAUUGGUCUUGCUGGCUGUGGCCCUGAGACUGCCCUUUGUCUUGUUCACUGCAUGAACAUCAGUAUAUUGGCGCAUGAUGGUAUCCCACUAGAUGAAGCCCUGAAACAGUGGCGGGAUGCUGCUCGGUAUCACCUUACAGAUGAUCCCACAGGCAAACUCAGCCGAGCUCAUCCUGCACUGGCCCGCUCGCUCACUGAGUCAUUUCCUGAUCCCAAUGUCAUCAAUCUGUAUGCGCAACCUGCUGUCACCCCGCUUGCCGAGUUGCCUGCUGUGCAAUCUCCUGCCCUGCCUGAUCUUGCUCCACUGGCCUUGGUCAUCCAACAACUCCUGGGCUGGGAGCCGAAAAAACUUGUCAGCACGUUUCAUUCCACCAUCUGGCCCGUUGUUGUCUUACAUGAAAUGCUCAAGGACCUUGCCAACAAUUCGCCAACAAGUGACGAGGUGUGUUAG